AUGUCACGAUUUGUCAACAAAGUAUCGAUAAUCACAGGUUCCAGCAAUGGUAUUGGAAGAGCAACAGCAAUUCUGUUGGCUACCGAAGGAUCAAAAGUUACCAUUACCGGAAGAGAUGCCGAAACAUUAAAGGCACUGUAUCAAGCCAUGGUACAUGUAAAUCCUGUAGACAGAAAAAUGUUGCAGGAAACAGAAACGGAGUGUAUAAAAGCUGGUUCCAAAAAAAGCAAUAUUCUUCCAAUCCUUGGCGAUAUCACAAAAAACGUAACACAAGACCAACUGAUAAAAGAGACCUUGAAGAAGUUUGGAAAACUGGAUAUUCUGAUCAACAAUCAUGGCGGACUGUUACGGGAAUAUCACAAAACUGGUGAACAUGAUCUAGACGCAUUCGAUGCCGCUCUAAAUCUAAACACGAAAAGCUCAUUUGCAAUGUGUAUAAAGGCUGCUCCUCAUCUUAAAAAAACAAAAGGUUGUAUUGUCAACGUCAGCAGUGUAGCGUCCAAACUCGCAACAGAUCCAAACCCAUGCUAUUCAAUCGCAAAAGCCGCUCUCGACCAUAUGACUCGACUUUUAGCCGCCAGGUAUGCAAAAAAUGGUGUCCGAGUCAACGCUGUCAACCCUGGAUUUGUAAGAACAUCACUUAUGGAAAAAAUAGGAGUGGCUAAGGACAUACAAGACGAGGUGUACGAUGUGAUCGAACGAGUACUUAUACCAACAGGUCGGGUUGGUCAAAUAGAGGAAAUUGCUCGACUAAUAGCUUUCCUCUGCGAUAACCACGCAACUGGUUAUAUAACUGGUCAGACAAUUGUUGCUGAUGGUGGCCUAUCACUUGUCCAAGGCGGCCUAGAUCAUGAAGAAGUACAGGCUGUGAAACAGAAGCUACCAUAA